AUGAGACCCCUAGCAUAUACCUCUCUCGUCGCCUUACCUUUACUCACUGCCGCCUUUCCUGCAUCCCCGGCCUCCUCCGAAUUCACUCCUCUCCCGCUUGUGAUCUGGCACGGGCUUGGCGACGACUACACCCGCUCAGGCCUUAGACAAGUUGCAUCGCUCGCAGAAUCAACCAACCCAGGAACAUAUGUACAUAUAAUCCAUAUUGGGGACUCCGCAUCUAGUGAUCGUCAAGCCACAUUUUUAGGGAACGUCACAGAGCAACUAUCCACCGUCUGUGCCCAGCUUGCCGCCGAACCAAUUCUCUCCACUGCGCCCGCAAUCAAUGCUUUAGGCUUCUCACAGGGCGGACAGUUUCUACGCGCAUACGUCGAGCGAUGCAAUAACCCUCCAGUCCGCAACCUCGUCACCUUUGGCAGCCAGCAUAACGGGAUUUUUGAGUUCCAGGCGUGCAGCUGGGGCGACUUUGUCUGCCGGGGAGCCGAGGCCCUUCUGCGUGUCGGACGGUGGUCGAAUCUUGUGCAAUCGCGCUUCGUCCCGGCGCAGUACUUCCGAGAUCCCGCGGAGCUAGGCGAGUACUUGGAGAAUAGCAACUUCCUGGCGGAUGUGAAUAACGAGCGGGUGCUGAAGAAUGCGACUUACAAGAAGAACUUGAGCACCUUGAAUCGCUUUGCCAUGUUCAUGUUUGAGGAUGAUACUAUUGUGCAUCCAAAGGAGAGCUCCUGGUUUGCCGAGGUGAACACGACUACCGGGGAAGUGACGCCCUUGCGGGAGAGGGACAUCUACAAGGAGGAUUGGCUGGGGCUGAGAGUGUUGGACGAGAAGGGAGCAUUGGAUUUCAAGACGCUGUCGGGGGAACAUAUGCAGUUGGCUGAGGAGGACUUGGUUGAGGUGUUUGAGAAGUAUUUUGGGCCCGUGGAGGUCGAUCUUCCGCCUGCGCAGUUUCACCUAGUGAACCAGGAGGGGUACUAG